GAAUUACAAGCCCUCGAUCGGUCGCGUGCUUAUUGGUCAGCCAGUUUCAAGGAGCGAAUUCAUGUGGAUGCUGCGAAUUAAAGCGACUUAUUUCCAUCUCUUUCACAAAAUCGUUAAUAAGACGAGUUUAUUUGCUCCUUGUGAAUUUCUCGGGAUCAGAAAUAUUCAUUACACUGCAGCCAUGCCAAAAAGACAGAAAAACGAAGAAGCAAGCAAUGGGGAGGAAGUUGUUGCUGAGAAGAAAGCCAAGCCAGAGGUACCGGUUGCAGAAGAACCAAAGGAAGAAGUUUACACCACCGACAGGAAAUCAGAAUCAGGAGAAGCAUGCAACUUGAAAAUAUCAGCCUGGAAUGUUGGAGGAAUGAAAGCAUGGAUCAAGAAAGGAGGGAUAGAUUACCUCACCAAGGAGUCGCCCGACAUCUUCUUUGCCCAAGAGACCAAAAUCGACGCCACCAAGCCCCCUCCCGAGGCAGACCUGGAUGACUACCACAUCACCUACAACGCCGCUGAGAAGAAGGGGUAUUCGGGCGUGGCCCUCUUCUCCAAGAAGGAGCCCCUCAGUGUCACCAAGGGCAUGGGUAUUGAAGAGCAUGACAAAGAAGGACGUCUGAUCACAGCCGAGUACGACUCGUUCUAUUUUGUAGGAGUCUAUGUUCCCAAUUCUAGCAGAAAGCUUGUCAGGCUAGAUUAUAGACAAGAGUGGGACAAAGAUUUCCAUGCCUAUCUCAAGAAGCUUGAUGAGAAGAAACCGGUAAUCUGCUGUGGCGAUAUGAAUGUCGCACAUGAGGAGAUAGACUUGAAAAAUCCAAAGAGCAAUCGCAACAAGACGCCAGGCUUCACCGACCAAGAGAGGGAGGGCUUCACCUCGCUUCUCGACAUGGGGUUCGUGGAUUCUUUCCGUCACCUUUACCCGGAAGAAGCGGAUGCUUACUCCUUCUGGACCUACAUGGGUAACUGCAGAGCUAAGAAUGUCGGCUGGAGACUAGAUUACGGCGUGAUCUCCAAGGCUCUGGUACCCAAGCUGUGCGACAACCAGAUGAGAUUGCAGACAUUCGGGAGCGACCACUGCCCCAUGGUGGUCUCCCUGGCCAUGUGAUGACCCCCACGACCUUCCAUGACCCUGCUGUGACCCUUCAGUGACCUUCCAUUGCUAUAUGAGCCAUCAGUAUUCCUUCCACAACUCUGCUCUGAGCCUAGAGUGACUUUUCAGUGAUCCCUCAAUAAAGUGUCAAUACUCUUUGGGAGCCCUGGGGCGUUUCACA